AUGGCAACAUUCCAGCCUGCAAUAUUGUCCGCCUCGCUGGGGCGGGCAUGGCUUCACGAUUUUGACACCAAGGUCAAGGAGGCAGGACAGCAAGGAUUCAAAGGAAUUGAGAUUUUCUAUGAGGACCUUGAAUAUAUGGCGAAGAAGCUCUCCAACCACGAAAGUCCUACUUCCGAAGAUCUCUGUAAGGCUGCUCGCCAGGUUCAUAAGGAGUGUCAGGUAGCAGGGCUUGAAAUAAUUGGAUUGCAGCCCUUCCUUUUCUACGAGGGCUUGCUAGAUCGCCAGAAGCAUAAUGAGCUUAUUGAAAAGAUCCACGUGUGGUUCCGCAUUGUCAAAGAGCUGAAGACUGGAACAAUACAGAUCCCGGCCAACUUCUUACCCAUGGAUCAGCUUACUGGAGAUAUGGAUGUCAUUGUCAGUGAUCUGCGAGAGUUGGCAGACUUGGGUCUACAGGAACAUCCCCAUGUUCGUUUCGCGUACGAGAAUCUUUGUUGGAGUACGCACAUUGACACCUGGGAAAAAGCCUGGGAAGUUGUCAAACAGGUGGAUCGUCCGAAUCUUGGCCUGUGCCUAGACACGUUCAACAUCGCAGGGCGAGUUUGGGCAGAUCCCACGUCAUUGGAAGGCAAGACACCCAAUGCAGAUGAAGAGUUGAAGAGGUCUAUCCAUCAAAUGAUACAACAGGUAAACCUGGACAAGGUGUUUUACAUUCAGGUGGUAGAUGCAGAACGGAUGACUUCGCCACUGGUUGAAGGUCACCCGUUUCAUACCUCUGGCCAGCCACCACGAAUGAGUUGGUCACGAAAUGCCAGGGCUUUUGCGUACGAAGAUGAUCGAGGGGCGUACCUUCCUGUAGAGGAUAUCGCACGGGCGAUUAUCCACGACAUGGGUUAUAAAGGUUUUAUUUCUAUGGAACUGUUUUCGAGAACGAUGUCAGAGCAAGGAGAGCAUGUGCCAGCGGAACAUGCACGGCGAGGAAUGGCGUCUUGGGCGAAACUUAUCGAUAGGCUCAAUUUGAAGUAG